CUAAGUUUGAAUCGACUCAAGAUCUCAAUUGAUAAGAUUUUCAAAGGGAUUUAUCAUAAUUAUCGUUAAAGAUGGUGUUGGAAGCUACUAUGAUUGUCAUUGACAACUCAGAGUUCACCAGAAAUGGUGAUUAUCUCACAAAUAGAUUUGAAGCACAGCUAGACGCUGUUGAUUUGAUAUUUCAAGCCAAAACCAAUUCAAAUCCAGAGAACACUGUUGGUUUACUAGCUGCAGCUGGUAAUGGUCCUCAAGUGUUAUCCACUUUGACCGCUGAUUUCGGUAAAUUAUUGAGUGGUAUCCAUGAAACCAAAAUUGAAGGUUCAUUACAUUUUGCAACUGGUAUUCAAGUUGCUGCAUUAGCUUUGAAGCACCGUCAGAAUAAAGUUCAACAUCAGAGAAUCGUUGCAUUUGUUGGUAGCCCAAUACAAGAAUCUGAAAAAGAAUUAGAAAAAUUAGCUAAGAAGAUGAAGAAAAAUAAUAUUGCUAUAGAUUUCAUCAACUAUGGUGAAGAAAGUAUCAACACAUCAAAAUUAGAGAAGUUUGUCUCAAUAGUAAAUUCCCAUGAUAAUAGUCAUCUAGUUACCGUUCCACCUAGUGAUAGAUUGUUGUAUGAAGUGGUGGGAUCAUCCCCUAUUGUCAUUGGUGAAGAUGGUGGUAAUUUCAAUGCAGGUGGUGAAACUGGAGGUGAUGGGUUUGAUUUUGGCUCUGAUCCAAAUAUGGAUCCAGAUCUUGCUUUAGCCUUACGUUUAUCAUUAGAGGAAGAACAAGCAAGACAAGCUAGAGAACAACAAACAAGAACUGAAACACAAGCUCCAUUAGAAAGCAUAAAUGAGUCAACAAGAGAGGAACCAAGCAAUAGUAACGACAAUGAAAACAACAAUGAUGGUGACACAAAUAUGGAAGAUGCCCCUAAAUAGGAUUUUAGAAUAAAUGUCGCAUCCAAACACUUACUGAAAGGCCACUAGGCGAAAAAAACACAAUGUACUCUUUCACUAAAAAUCAGCAAGUUGAUCUAAUAUC